CAUUUUUUUUUUUUCAUUUCUGGCCUUGGGACUCUUUGAUAGAAAUUUUAACUUUUUUUUAGGGAUGGAAUUAAAUUUCGUGGCUCCUGCAGCGAAGAAUGGAGAGAAGGUGGUCCUGGUGAGUGAUGAGGAUAUUGCUUCUGGGGUUAAAACUUGGGAAAACGCUUUGGUUGGUUAUGUUUGGGGUCCUAUUCCAUCCACAGAGUACGAUAUGCCAAUAGAUAGGUUGUUUCUAGACAAGUUGAUUCUGAAGUUUGUUGAUUUGGAGUGCCGAAACUACGGGAAUGUCAAGUUCUAUUCAAAAGGGUUAGGAGUUUAUCUGUUUGAUUUUGAAUCAUUUGAAGCUAAGCAGUUGGUUUCAGACAAGGGUGGGGUUUUGAACAACUCUUAUAGAUGGGGAACUCCAACAGCUACUUGUCCAAAGCAAUUCUCCUGGUCUGAAGCUUUCCACAUUCCUAUCUCAAAAGUUUUUGAGCAAGCUUGCUAUGGGGAGUUUAGCUCUUUAAGGUGCUUCUCUAUUUUCACCAUGUUUCAAUUUGGUCUCUCUCCACUAUCAUUGAAGUCACCCUUUCUUCUAAGAUGCCUGUGUUAUUAUAUGGUGGAAUUUGCAGCAGCAAUGCCAAAGCUAGCAAGGUUACUGGCUGGGGUCCUAGCGGAAAACUUAGGCCACCCAAGAGGAGUGUUUGAGAGCACUUGUCAAGAAAGCAAUUGUUUUCUUAGGUUGAAUCGGUACCCAGCCUGUCCAAUAUCAUCAGAGAUUUCUGGCUUAGUGCCCCACACUGAUAGCGAUUAUCUAACAAUCCUCUCUGAAGAUGAAGUGGGAGGGCUACAACUCAUGAAAGAUUCAAAAUGGGUGGCUGUAAAACCCAAUCCAGAUGCUCUUAUAGUCAACAUCGGAGAUCUUUCCCAGACUCCUGCAUUUUCAGUGGAAAUGGUACCUUUUGGUGAGAUGUGUGAAAUUUUCAGAAGAUUAACUAACCCUUCCAUUCUUAUUUCCCCCCUUUAGCGAAUGAAUCGUGGAAACCAUGAGAUUCGAUUUUUGGCUCUCUGGAUAUAGUGCUGCUGUUGUGAUAUGUGUUGCUCUGCUGAUUGCUAUGCUUUUUAAAGUUUUUUUUUUUUUUUAAGAAAUAUAUUAAAAUAAUAUUUUUUUCAUUUUUAAAAAACAAAUAACCUUUUAAUAUGUUAUCUAACCUUGAUUUCAUCAUGUUUGAACAGUGCUUUUCUCCUGAUAAAUUCUCCAAAUAACAAAUAAGUGGCAUUUAAUCUUACGAAUGUAGCUAAAUAGUGAUUGAUUCAAUCAAUAUUUUGGGAUUAUAUUUCCUUAAAUUUUUCAGCGGUCCACAUGUGGGGCAUCAUUAGUUAUUAUGGAGGAUGGCUAAUUGGAGCUCGCCUACUCAAAGGCUCAUUCGAUUGGGGAGAGGAAUUAAGGGUUGAAAUGGGUUCCUAUUUGGAUUAAGUUACCUAAUUUGAAGCUGCAUCCGUGGUCUGUUCAAGUGCUAAGUAAGAUUGCGAGUGUGAUGGGCACACCUUUGUUUACUGAUAAGAUAACAGCAUCAAGAGAAAGAGUAGACUAUGCAAGAAUUUGUGUUGAAAUACCCUUUGAUCGUGCGUUAAAGAUCCCUAAUUCAGUCACCACUGAAGAUGAGAAGGGAUGUAGCUACAUUCAAGAGGUUCAGUAUGAAUGGCUGCCGUAUAUAUGCUUACCUAGUAUUUUUGGAUUUGUUUUUUUAUUUUAUUCCUUUUCCUUUAAACCUGAGGUCGGUUUAAAGUACUGUUUAAACCGUUUGUAGCUUAUUUUCAGAGUAGAUUAAUUGUUAUUAUCAAAUUUAAAAUUUAUCAAAUCAGAGUUUGGAGUUUGGAUUAUUACUAUUUAAACCUGGCUGUUGUUCCACUGGAUAUAUGAACAAAAGUAGAGAAAUAUGCUUAAAUCAAAUUAAGUGGUUGGAGUUUUUUUUACAUGGCUAUAUAUUUCUUUUAUUAUUAAUAA